CUUAAGCGGACGUCUCAAAGUGUCGGCGCGUCAUGAUGACGACAUAGAUGUCAAAUGUGGUUUUUCCGAGCUAACAUGCUUCUGUAAAGGCUGUAAACUUGAAAUUAUGUCUUUGAACCACCUGAGUCUGCUGCGCCCCCUGCUGUGUCAGUCCAUGGUGCGACAGGUCAGGUCUCCCCUCAUAGCCACCUCCAGGGUCCGUGCACCACUUCUGUGCCCCGAUACCACCUUCUACCCCGCUGCAUGCGCAAGGCUCUAUGCAACCAAGAAGGCGAAAGCCAAGGCAAAGGGCCAGUCGUCUAAGGUGAAUAUUAAUUCGGCUCUAGUGGAAGACAUCAUCAGUCUGGAUGAAGUGAAGGGGGACAUGACAGCUGUUCUCAAUGCACUCAAAGAUGACUUCACACGCAACCUCAGCAUCCGAACCUCGCCAGGAGCUCUGGAUCACAUUGUGGUGACGACACAAGAUGGGAAGUUCCCUCUCAACCAACUGGGUCAGGUCUCCAUGAAAUCCCCUCAGCUCAUUAUGGUCAACAUGAGCAGUUUCCCAGAGGCUACAGCGGCUGCCACCCGUGCCCUCAGAGAGAGUAGCAUGAACCUUAACCCAGAGGUGGACGGGACGAUCAUCAAGGUGCCCGUUCCAAAAGUAACGCGGGAACAUAGAGAAAACCUCGCCAAGCUGGCCAAACAGUUCGGAAACAAGGCUAAAGACUCACUGAGGAAAGUGCGGUCUAAUGCUGUCACACAGGUCAAAAAGACAAAGGAAGGACACUCGGAGGACACCAUACGACUCGUGGAAAAACAGAUUCAGCAGAUGGCGGACAACAUUGCAGUGGACAUUGACAAACAGCUUGCAGCCAAGACCAAGGAGCUGUUAGGCUGACUAAAAGGAGAAUAUGGUUUGUUUGCUACCAACCUACAACUAACUAAGUUCUCUAAAGGAAGGAACCCCCUGUUAUUGACCUAUUAUCACCAUAUAAAGUUCUUAUGGUAAA